AUGGCGCAAAACGCGGACAAAAUGCAGAACAAGCUCCUGCAGCGGCCUCUGUACAUUUUCGACCUCCCCGAAGAGAUCCUCUACACGCUUCAACUCAACACUCAGCCCGUCGCCGCGCUCGAGCCCGAGACAAUCUCACCUCAACCACCGACUCCACCAGUGAAUGGAGAAGACAACCAAGAUGGCGGUCCAUCACCGGCCACUUCCUGCAACCUCUGUAGACUCACUUUCCCCAGCUUGCUGGAGCAGAGAAGUCAUGUGCGAUCAGAUCUACAUGGUUACAACAUCAAGCAGAAGAUGCGAGGGAAGAAGGCGGUCGAUGAGGCCGAGUUUGAAAGACUCGUGGGACAGUUAGAUGAGAGCAUAUCAGGCUCGGAUACAUCGGAGUCAGACGAUGAAGAAGAGGAAGAGAGGUCAAAGGACUCAACGCUAAGUGCACUCUUGAAGAGACAGGCCAAGAUCACAGAUGGAGAUGCAGAAGAUGCGCCGAUCAAGAAGCGCAAGAGAGGGACGGGAAAGCCACCAAUGCUGUGGUUCUCUACAUCGAAGCUGCCCAGUAAUACAUCCCUGGGGGUGUAUCGAGCGAUAUUCUCGCAGGAAGAGCAGGCCAACGAGAACAAGCUGGUGGAGGUCGUACAGCGCAAACAACUGGCUGCCAAGCCUCCUCCAAACCCGCAGCAGCAGAAGAGGCAGGAGAAGGAGCAAGAAGAGGAUGGAGGUGUGCCCCUGCCAGCUUCCAUGGUUCAGAAGGACACAAGUGCAUCAGGGCCACAUUAUUUCCUCUGCAUGAUUGGAGGUGGUCACUUCGCGGGGAUGCUGGUCUCUCUCACGCCCAAGCUCACCAAGAAGUCUGGUGUGGAGGACAGGGCUGCAACCGUAAUUGCACACAAGACCUUCCAUCGAUACACUACGAGGAGAAAGCAGGGUGGCUCUCAGUCCGCCAAUGACAAUGCCAAAGGGAACGCACACUCGGCCGGAUCGAGUAUCAGAAGAUACAACGAGACGGCACUAACAGAGGAGGUCCGCGCUCUGCUUAGCGAGUGGAAGGAGCAGAUCGACAGUUCUGAACUCCUUUUCAUCCGAGCUACCGGGAGUACGAAUCGACGCACUCUCUUCGGACCGUAUGAAGGACAGGUGCUGAACUCUCGAGAUGAGAGGAUACGGGGCUUUCCUUUCAGCACGAGGCGAGCUACACAGUCCGAACUCAUGCGUGCAUUCGUUGAGUUAACGAGAGUAAAGAUUACUACUGUAGAUGAGGCGGAAGAGGCACGAAAGCGAGUAGAGGCACAAGCUGCUGCUAUCGCCAAAGCUGAAGCCGUGGCAAAUGGAAAGCCCAGCACUCCAAAGCCUGCCAAGCCUUCGAAGGAAGAAGAAGAGGCUGCGCUACACACAACACAGCUUCAAGCUCUCAUCCGGCGAUCCAAAGCUCCUAGCAUGCUCUCCUAUAUCCAGUCAAACAAUCUCAGCCCCAACUUUCGCUUCGUUCCGGCGGAACAGAACCAUCACGCUCCUACGCCGUUGCACCUGGCCGCUGCGUCGAAUAGUGCUGCCUGCAUCACUUCGCUUCUAGUGAAAGCUGGUGCAGACCCCUCGACACGAAACGGAGACGGCAAGUCGGCCUUUGAAAUCGCUGGCGAUCGUGCUACACGAGACGCCUUCCGUCUUGCGCGCUCACAAGUCGGGGAGGACAGGUGGGUUUGGGACGAAGCAGGCGUACCUUCUGCUCUCUCGCAAGCCGAAGCAGAUGCUCGUACGACGCGCGAGAAAGAGGAGAAAGCGGCGGAGGAUGCGGCUGAGCAGCAGAGACGACAGGCCGAAAUGGAGCGACUUCGGAGGGCAGAUGCUGAGAAAGAAGUUGCGGGUAAGGAGAAGAAAUUCGGCAAAGGCCAUGUCAUGGAGAAGCCGAAGUUGACUGCUGAAGAGAGGAGGAUGGAGGAAGCGAAAGGGAUGACUGAUGAGAUGCGCAUGAGGCUAGAGAGGGAGAGAAGGGCUAGGGCUGCUGAGGAACGGAUGAAGAGACUGCAGGGGAGGUAG